AUGUUUUGCCCAUCUCCCGUGUUCCACGACAUAACUAACUCUUCCGAUUGGCCUCCCAAGGUCCAAGAGGUUGUCCAUCUGCUCACCCAACCUCUUCCCAAUUAUAUUUCUACCGGGCCAUGGCCUUUCGUCUCCUCACUCGCUUCUUAUCUCUUGGACGAGCUCAGUCAAGAUGCGCCGCGUCAACGAGCUUUACAGCACAAAGGACAGCCUGUGUCGCGUCUCAAUAAGGUAUUCGACCUAGUUCUGUCAACUGUGGCGGCCCUUCGCGAGCUCGAAUCUCUCGAAGACUGUGGCCCCGCUCGACCCACCAUUCCUCUGUGGUCUUUGCUCUUCAAGGGGAUCGGAAUGGCAUGCUCACCAGAGUGUCGCUACAUGGACGAAGUCUCGUUCGUUCUACCACGGUUAUCGCCGCGAUCGAACCAGGUCGUAUUCGAUGGCAUCGCCACUCUCCUCAUCUCUCACAUAGUGGACGAAAGCCAAUUCGUCCGCUCCUGCUCGUCCGCGGACGCUAUGGAUGCCGAUGCAUUCUCGGAGCCGGAAGAAGACGUCCAGGAUGGUGCAGAUGCAUCGUCCUCUCACAACUCAGAGAGGAUCUCUAUUGACCGCACUUGCUCUGCUGCAGACUCGGAGGGUGACUACGCCGACGAUCGGGACAGCACCGACGAAACCUCCCAGCGACCCAGUGGACCCUCUAUCGACGUCCCCUUUGACGCGCAUGUGCUGCGUGGGUCCGGUCGGCGGUUGUUCGCUGUUUUGCCCGUGAUCUGCGUGGCCGACGCGGACAAUAUCGGAGCCCUGGUCACGAGUGUCGCAUACCAGCGACGUGUCUGGGAUAUCGACGAGCCCGUGGUCGCGUUCGAGGUCUCGAAGACGGGUGCUGUAGUCCGUAUCUUGUUGGGCUGGGUCGGCACGGAAGGCGAUGGUGACUUCUUGCCGGCUGUGCACAUCGCGUGUGCCACUGCCACUGCGCAUUCGCACUCCGGGAUGACAGUUGGGAUUUUUGACCUCACGGACCCACGAUCGGCGCUCGCCCUAGCGCAGUUUGUGCUCAGUCUAGACGCGCAUUGUCGGAGGAUAGUGUCGAAAUCGACGCAUCGACCGGUAAUGGAUGCGCUCCAUUGGAGAUCCGACUAUCUCGAGGAACACGAGGAUUCGUGCAACGGUGACUUGGGGACACGGAUAGCGAACUGGGCAAGUAAGGUCGAUACACGCGGCGAUGGAGGCAGUCCCGAGGCUGGACUUGACCUGUCGACGUCCCCCGUGUCAGAUACGAGUGACCUAUCGAUGAUCCUCGAGAGCCCGGGGAAGCCUACCGAAGGGCGAGGUCGACCCACUACUCGACGCGCUGGCUCUCAGACAGGGAAUGGCGCUGAAAAGUCACAUAGCCGCGUCGAGGAAGAAGCCAUUGCGACCAAGGGGAGGUCACGCACCCCAGCGAGCGACAAGGCGUCGCAAAGGCAGGAAUCGAAAGCUCCGAAGAGCAGGAGUGCUUCCGUCGCACCGCGCAGCGAGAGGUCGAGUUCCGUGUUGGCCAAGAAGGUUACAACUGCGCUCGACGGGUCGGUGACGCCUGCCACUUGGCUAUUUGAGCGCAAUGCAUUUCCAAUUGCUCUGAUCGAGUUGCCUCCCGGUGCUGAAGAUGCCGAUGAAAUCAAUGAGAAGAUCGACACUUACAGGAAGAUCGUAGUUGAGUUUGCUUGGCGCAACGGGGAGUGGUCAAGCAUAGAUACGAUGCCGCAAGUAGACGAGGCGAUCCAACCGGUUUUGGAGUGCUUGUUUCAAAACUACUCAGCCCUCAAGGAGAAACCGGUGAAAUUAGACGAAGCAGACAUGCAUAUCCUAUCUAGUCGAUUCUCCACCAUCCUCUACGCAUCAAUGGGUGCCUACACUCACCAUGCAGCCUCGUCUGGCCUUCGUGUUAGUGAAGCUGAGGCGCGACAUGAUUGGGACAGAAUGCUUUACCAAUUCUGUGUCUCCGAUUCUGGCCGCAUUGUUUCCCCCUACAUUUUGUUAGAACGAGAACUCAUCUUCCCUCGGAACAAGGCCGUAGAUCUCAUCCUUGAUGACGACUCGCCAGAGAAGCAGAAGAUCUUGGCUGAAGAGCAGCAGGCCUUAGCCCUGAGCUAUAAUACUCAUUGUGCGGCAGUGCAAGUACCAUCUGUCCUUCAUGGCCCUGCUGUUCAAUAUCAGGCACUUGCAGCGUUGGAGCAGGCCUUGGACUUCUCUGUUCAGAUCAACUCAGUUUCCAGUGAUCCUAGCAAGAUGGUUGAUAUGGUCAGGACACAUGCUGCAUCGGAGCCACUCAGGGGCAUAUGCGAUGCUAUUGUGGUAAGUGGCAUCAAAGACACAUUUGAUAACAAGGACUCCCCGGCCACUCGGAAGUUUCUCAAUGAACAGGCACUUGUGCAGCAUACCCUGACGACGCGAAGGAAGAAAGACCAGUCAUCUGAACUGCCAUCUCAAACUUCAUCCCACCCACAGCCGCCAACACCAGCCGUUGAGGUUCGUCCGAAGAAAGCAUCCGUGCCGAAGACAAUGUCCGCCCCGAAGACAACUUCCGCCCCGAAGACAACUUCCGCCUCGAAGACAACAUCCACACGUUCUCGUGCACCAUCCGCGCAGUCUGCCCUGCGGAAAGGUGUGGGGGAUCCGUUUAUGAAUUCUUGUAGUCCAUUGAUUUCGAAGGACCGGACCAAUGAUAACAGUACAUCUCCCAGGGACCCAGACACAAUUACAAGGGACGCGGAUGCGAUCACGAGAGACCAGUUGUUGCUUCCCGUGUUGGUCGCAGAGUACAAACGCUGGGAUGAGGAUGAAGCCAAGUCCCUUAACCAGGGACGGUUCUACUGUGUCGCUUCUGUGACAUUCCUUGCCGCGCUCGGCAUCGAGGGAUAUCCGGUCUUCGUUCUCGUCACGAACGGCAAGGUGGGCGCUGUCCUACUUUCGUGGCAGUCACAGGGGAAGAAGAAGAAGAUAUAUAUCAUAGAGCGAAACGUCUGCACGUUCGACCUCGCGGACCCUCUUCAGGCAUUCCACUUCGCGACGUUCCUUGUUCGCCUUCGUCGCCAGCACAGAGAGCUGAAGGCACUCUUUGAGAAGGAGAAAGCAAAUUUCAGGCGAAAGGUGUCUGCGGAGCAAUUUGACGAGUGGAUGAUGGCCGCGCAGGAUGUGAUACUGAAGGCUCAACAGGCUGCGGCUGAUGCAGCUGCCGCUUCGAAGGCCGAUACUGAUUCUAGUGAUGCUCGGCCUGCUGCUGGUGAUGUGCCAGCGGACUCCCCUACCAUAGCCUGA